AUGAGGACACUGUGUCCAAAUUUCGAUAAGGAAGAUGGAUUAGAAACGGUUUUGGAAGUUCCGAUUCCGGAGGAUAUGUGGACUGGAAUCGGAAGCAGUGGUUCAAAUCGGUGGCGGAAUCUUUGCGCUCUCAUGAAAGCGCAAAUUUCUAACGAUAAAUCUUCGCAUCUUUCUGCUUCUUCUAAUAAUGAAUUCAUCGCGUUGCUUAAACUUGUUGGUUCUCCUCUUAUUCCUCUUCAGGUUCAAUGCGAUCAUACGUUAACUCGUCCUCUCAAUGAUUCUAGCAUCGAAGCUUCAAGUGCAAAGUAUAUAGUGCAGCAAUACAUAGCUGCCACAGGAGGAAUGGGAGCAUUGGAUUCACUGAAGAGUAUGUAUGCAGUUGGGCAAGUGAGGAUGUUUGGGUCCGAGAUGCGUGCGGGAGAUCAUAGCAUUAAACCAAUUGGUAGAGCUGAAGUGGGAGGUUUUGUGUUAUGGCAAAAGAAUCCAAAUUUGUGGCACUUUGAAUUGGUUGUCUCUGGUUUCAAAGUCAGUGCAGGGAGUGAUGGGAAGAUAGCAUGGUCACAGUCUUCUUCUAAACCUUGUCAUGCUAAUAAAGGACCUCCAAGACCUCUUCGCCGCAUCUUUCAGGGGCUGGAUCCAAGAUGUAUAGCCAACUUGUUUCUAGAUGCUGUAUGUGUGGGAGAGAAAACCAUUAACAAAGAAGAUUGUUUUCUACUCAAGUUAGAGAUGGCACAUGAUGUCCUCCAAGCACAAAACACAUCACACACAGAAAUUAUCAAACACACGGUGUGGGGUUACUUUAGCCAACGCACGGGGUUACUUGUCAAAUUUGAAGAUUCCAAGUUGGUUAGAAUGAAGCCGUCCAAAGAAACUGAUUCUGUUUUUUGGGAAACAAACAUUGAGUCGAUGAUUGAGGAUUAUAGAUACAUAGAUGGUAUUAAAAUAGCACAUGGUGGCAAGACAGUGUCUAUUUUAUAUAGAUAUGGUGUAGCACAUAACCAUAAGCGAAGAAUUGAAGAGACGUGGAGGAUUGAAGAAGUUGAUUUUAACAUUUGUGGCUUGUCAAUGGAUUGUUUUUUGCCGCCCUCUGAUAUCAAGAAGGAUCAAGAUGUUGUAGAACAAAUUGUGUAG